CGUUGAAUCUGUCAGAAUUCUGAAAUCUUUGCAACAUAGUUCAACAGAUUCAUCCAGAAUGUUCUCUCAUGAUGAUUCAGUGAAGAACAAAUAAAAUUUCAGAAAGAAAUUGGAAUAUAGAUUCUGUCCUCUUCCAUUGCACUUGAAGAGCAGCCAGCACAUUCUUUGAAACGUCUCCUUUUGUGUUCCACAGAAGAAAGAAGAGUAAAUGCUGGCAAAAUGUUCAUUCUUUCAACUACUUAAUGUAUUGAAUUGGGGGUAAAGACAUGAGGUUUGUGUUUCUGUAGUCUCACAUUGGUGGUUGACCGUCAAGCACCCGUUAAAAGGUUAACGGUGGACUUUGCAAACCUGACCCAUUAUGUAGUGUUGGAUCGAUGCACAUCCAAGUCUGUAAUUAAUGCAUGCUUUAGAUGCUCAGCACAUUUCGUUUAGCUCUGAUGCACUUUUACGCUCACGUCUGUUGUAGUGCGUGAAAACUGCCUGUGAAUUUUAAGAUGACAGAUUUCACGGCAGAGUGAUCCUAUGUCAGUUUGCAUGCAAAUAUUGCUAUCUUCAAACCAGAGGUUAAGUCAGGCUUUCAAAGUCCACCUUUCGGGAUUUGACGUUCUCAAGGGUAAUUAAAAGAUUGUAUAGUAGCACAGCUGAGCUCUAGUUGUCUUCAGUUAUGUCUUGUAUUAUUUUUGGUUAGUAGUAACGUAGUAACAGGACUGUUGUAAUUGAGUGAGAAGUGGAAGAAGUUCCCGGGAAGUUGGCUUUUGGAUGGUUUCAAUACACGAGAUGCUUUUGUAUGUCAGUUUGUUGAGCUUUUGAUUUUAAAAGAAAUAUUCGUAAUGGUCAUUAUCGAUCAUAUAGGCCUAAUUCAUAAGAAGAACUGCCUCUAAACCUUAUAAGAAAUAUUUUCAAAUUUGCAAUGUCUCAUUUAGUUGAACUCAAAGUGACGUGCCAUGAUACCUUAUUGAAUGUCUGUGUGGUUGAGUGUAAACCUUGAAACAAAGAUGCUGAAAAAUGAUCAAAUAAUCAAAAUACUACUUUAGAGUUUACUAGAUUUGACUAACACACACCGUUGGCAUGUUCUGGCCAUUCUCUGGGGCUAGUUUGUAUGUUGAAAUCUCAUUUCAUCUUGUUCAUAAACUGAAUAUAUGAAAUAAUAUAAAGUGCUGCUCAUGUUUUAUAUUUGCUUUUUACAGUAAAUAGCAGAGCGGAAAGAUUCAGUUCUGAAUGUGCAAGGAGGGUUUUCCUAUUCUUUUGACAUUCGUGUUUUGAGCUAUGGAUUUUCUAUUCGAAUCAUUUGUUCAUGUACAUACGAUUGAAUCACACUUUCUAUUUUCUGUGUGGUGACAUGCAAUAAAGAAAUCAAACCCUUCUGAUAAUUUGGCUGCAAGAGUCUUUUUGUACUUUCAAGACACUGGUUCCUGUUUCUGGUUUUCACUGUGGAAACUCCACUUUAAAAAGAACGAAACUGAUGUGUUUUUGUUUGUUCUUUUAGAUUUUAUACCAAGAAUAGCUUUCGUUUUGCUUGUCCCCAUCAUUUAUAUACUUUCUUAUGUGCUGUUGAUUUAUGAUGAACAAAUCUGACAUUUUCAUUUAUCUGCUGUGUAUCUUUGCACAUUUGACGCAGUUUGUCGGAACAGCCACAAAGUAAGUGGUGACAAAGCAACUUUCGGUUGCAGUGCAGUUAAAUACGGUGGGUGUGGACAGCUUGGCAGGAAAGGGACACAAAAACCAGACUGUUAGCUGGAGAAUUGUACCAGACAGGACGUAUUUGUUGAGCAGAGCUGCUUUUGUACUUAGUUUGACUACAACUGUGGAUUCCAGGAGUGUUCCUCUUUUCCACAUCAACAAAUAUCAGCUUAAAGAGGAAGGGUAGUUACAAAUAAGAGUCUGAUCUAGGAUUUGUCUGAAAGAAAUGUGUGCUAAGAGCUUUAGGGGAACGUUCAUGCCAUAUGAAGAUGAACUGGAUUCAGCAGGCAUAAUGAAAAACUCCAGACAAGCUUCUUUCUGAGUAGAAACCUCUCACUGUAUAGAUCCAGUCAUGUUUUGAGUUUGUUUCCACCAUGCCUGCUGAAGAUGUUGGUCCAGGUCGGGGGGAACGGAGAAGGUUACCCUGGCUGUUUCUAGUGCUGGUCAUUGCUGCCAUCACCUCCUCUUCCCUGUCUGUGAUCUCCUUGUACCAUGUGCUGGCCCUGCAGGCCGAGGUGGAGGGGUUGAGAGCCGAGGUGGUCCGCAAGAGAGAGGAGCAAAGCGGGAAACUAGAAGAACCUAUGAGUGGAGCAGAAAAACAAACCCAUGAGCAGGAAGAAGAAGAGAACAAAGAGAGAAUUGAGUAUCUGCAAAAGACUGAGAUGGAUGAUACUGUAACAGAGCAUACUGUCCUGUCAAAAAGGAGCCUGGGUCACACGUCAAACAAAGCAGAAUCCCAGCCCUGCUUACAGAUGAUGGCAAACAACAAGAAGAAAACUUUCCAGAAAGAGUUUGCUUUGGAAAUAUGCACAGCCAUCCCAUGGCAAGUCGGGCUGAAGCGUGGCUCGGCUCUGGAGGAAGAGCAGGGCACCAUUUUAGUCAAAGAGGAAGGAUUCUUCUUUAUCUAUAGUCAGCUCUCCUUUUCCCAGGUUUACUACACAGACUCCACGUUCGCCAUGGGCCACAUUGUGAUUCGUAUAAAGAAGAACGUUGUGGGAGACGAGAGUCAGCAUGUCGUUCUGUUCCGCUGUAUUCAGAGCAUGAAUCGAGUCAACCACUUCAACACUUGCUACACUGGAGGCGUAGUGAAGCUGGACUCUGGAGACAGACUGGAGCUUCUGAUACCUCGUACCCACGCAAAUAUCUCUCUAGAUGGGGAUUCCACCUUCUUAGGAGCAAUAAAACUGGCCUGAGUGAGGAAAUGGGCUUUGGAUCAGACACUGAAUGAGACUGGAUAAGCUUGGUGCAACAUAUAUAAUUAUUCAUCUGGAUAAAUAUUGACAUUCACUGGACUUUAUGAAUACAAGAGCUACUUUAUGCUGUGGAGUAUUCUUGAAAAAGUCUUCAUGGAACUAUUUUUGCACUUGCUUUGGUUCACACUUCAGUGUUUCAUCAGACAUGCACAAAAUUGACUUUGUUUACCACAAACUGAUGUUCCUCCAUGUCCCAAUUCAUAAGUCUAAAUAAUCUUUUAUGAAAAUGUUAUAACAUGUAACGUCUGGGAAAUUGCUUUUAUCUUAGCGAAGGCCAAGCCCUCUUUGUUUUCCACUUAUCUCUAACCGCCUGACUCAUGUAGGUAUGUAACACCCCUUUUUCACAAUCCACUCAGUUUCGGGUGGAUUACAUCAUAUCCCAUUCAGUAUUUUCCUAUUUUACUCUAAAAUGAUUUGUAAACACCAUUUCAAGUCGAUUUUAACAUCUUUGCUUGUCUUUGUGGACAGGCACACUUCUGUUUAAUAUUAUUCAGAAUAUCUGUUAUGGAAUAAUACCUCAGUAUGUGCUUUGGUUAAUAAAAUAUAAUUUUAACCAA